AUGGCUUAUUGCAUCUAUUACCGAGCUGAAAACAUCUUGAGUGAACUGAAAAACCUCCCAAACUACCCAAGAAGAAUUGAGUAUACCAUGUUGAGUCUUAAAUCAAUUCUUAUGGAUGCGGAAGAGAAGCAAGAACAGAGUCGUGGUCUACAGAAUUGGCUAGAGGAGCUUCAAAAUGUAUUUUCCCAAAUUGAAGGCUUCAUAGAUGAACACAAAGAGGAAGCCUACGAGGGUAUUGGUAAACAGGUACUUGCUCCUUUCUCGUGCUCCAGUAAUCAAAUAGCACGUACUUGGAAAAUGGAGAAACUAUUCGACCAUUUGAAUGAAGUUGCGGCAAAAAUGUAUGAAUUUAAUCUUACAGAAAGGCACACUGGUGCCAUAAAAACGGAGACAACAAACUCUUUCCUUACUGCUACUGAAGUUUCAACAAGACUCAUGAAACCAAGCUGGAAAGUACUUUACCCCUUAACUAAUGCUCCGAAGUUUUAUCAGGAUGAGCGGUACCGUAAGAUUCUGAAUGAUUUCAAAAACCCUACUCUAGGGUUCUUCCACAUAGUUGGAGAAGCAGGUAUAGGUAAGAGCACACUUGCCAAAUUCAUUUACAAUGAUCCAGAAGUAGAAGGAAUGUUUCCAUCAAGAUUGUGGGUUUGUGUGAAAGAGGAAUUUGAUACACAGAGAUUGAUGAAAGAGAUACUCAACUUUUCAUAUUCUCCAGCAACUUGUGACAAUUUGACUACAAAAUUGUGCCCCACAGAUCAAUAUCUGAGAGAGAGAACUUUUCUGCUUGUUUUUCAAGACCUUUCAAUCAAGAACCUAGAUAAUUGUUCCCUGUUUACAAGUUUAUUGAUGAUGGGAAAGCCUGGUAGCAAAAUCAUAGUGACCACUCAGAAUGAGGAAAUUGCAAAUGCUAUAGAACUAACAAUGAUUUACAAGGUUGGGCAACAAUCAGAGCAAAAUCGGAGCCAGACAGCCCUAGACACGGUUACUAAAGAGACUGCAAAUGUUAACAACGCCGACCAGUUCGUUCAAGCUAACCCUUUGGGUAAGAUAGAUCAAUCUAUCCCUUCUCAAACAAUAUUCAAAGUUAAGAGGCUGUCAGAAAAAGAUUCCCUUUCUUUAUUCAAAGAUUAUGCUUCUACAUAUGAAGGUAAUGAAAAAGAUAUAAUGAAAACUCUGAAGAAAUGUAAUGGAAUACCAUUGGCAAUAAAGUGUCUGGGGAGCAUGUUAUCUCUAGGUCCUCCAGCAACUAAAUGGAUGGAGGAUAAUGAGCGACAAAAGGGAGAUAAUGAGUCUUCUAGUACAUUUAGUAUACUUAAACUAUGCUACAAUGAGAUGCCCUCACACCUGAAGCGUUGUUUUCUUUAUUGUUCUCAAUUACCAAACGAUAGCAUACUGUCCUCAAAUGAUGUCAUUCAGUUAUGGAUGGCAAAUGGACUUCUCCGUUCACGCCAAGAGAAUUACUUAUCCUUGGAAGACAUAGGUGAGAUUUAUUUCAAAGAACUAUGCUCAAGAUGUUUCCUUCAAGAUGUUGAGGAAUAUGGUCUUGGCUAUUGGUUUAAAAUGCACCCUCUCAUUCGGGAACUUGCACGCCUCGUGCAAAAACGAACUAAGGACUUGAUAAGCAUUAAACCAGUCACCAAUGUCACAUCUAUAGCCUUCCCAGUAAGAGAUGAGGUGCCAUCUAGUUCAUUUCUAGCUGAAAAAUGCAUCUCAAAGUUCCAACACUUAAGAUUAUUGUAUUUAGGCCACACAGAUCUACAGGAAAUUCCAAAUACUAUAGAAACACUGAAUCACCUAACAUACCUCGACUUGCAGGGGAAUAAGAACAUCAAGCGGUUACCAAAUGCAAUCUGUAAUCUACAACAUUUGCAGACCUUGAUUCUUGCAUCUUGUUCUGCACUUGAAGAAUUGCCAAAAGAUAUAUGCAAGUUGAGCAACCUCAGAUACCUGUGGGUAACAUCAAACAAGCUUCGUUUGCACAAAAAUGGAGUAGGAACCAUGACUUCUCUAAGAUUCCUCGCAAUUGGAGGAUGUGACAAACUUCAAGAUCUAUUCGAACGGCCAUCAUGCCUUGUACGCCUUGAAACCCUAAUGAUUUACGAUUGUAACUCUUUGCAAUUGUUGCCAAACGAGAUGGGGUCUCUAAUAUCGUUACAGAAUUUGGUGAUAUGGAGUUGCAAACAACUUACACUGAAGGGCUUAGAGAAAGUCGAUUUCAGCCUCCAAAGAUUCACAAUCAGAGAGCUUCCAGAAGUGAAUAAAUUGCCUGAAUGGCUUCAAAGGUCGACAGAAACCCUAAGAGUCCUGGAAAUCAUCGAUUGUCCCAUCAAAGUGGAGGAAGAGGGAAUCAAAAUGUACAAAGCAGUUGAAAGUAAGAUAAUUCAAGGAGCUGUAGACAUCACUGGGAAUUUGGUACGGCGUAGUCCAAUGGUAACGAAGAAAGUACAGAUGACAGGUAACUUCUAUUAA